GACAGCGAGCUAUGAGAACCGUUAUCGCCGAGAUGGAACCGUUUAUCACAAAUUCAAAACCUUCAAGGGCGUCACCGCUCUGCGGCCAUAGGUUUAGGUGGCAGCUCUCCGAUUCCACCACAGUGCUCGUCCCUCACAUCCCCCGUCAGGCGGAGUACCUGCUACAGUAACAGUUGUCCUGGAGCCGUCAGGGGAUAGCAUGGUGCUCGCGAGGCCGGGGAGGCGUUGUUGAUGGUGGCGGUGAGCGGAUAUAUGUCUGUUUGAGCAAAAGAGGACAACACACUUUGGAAAAAUGGCACAGCGGCAGAUUCAGAGGAAGAAGUACACCAAAAAGCACAUAUUCUCCAACGAGAAGAUACAAGAGUUGAACGACACAUUCAAGAUGUUCGACAAGAAUGGAGACGGCAUGAUCACGACAGACGAGCUCGGCAGUGUCAUGAUCUCCCUGGGCCAGAGACCCACGAUCCAGGAGAUCCGUGGCUUUAUCCGGGCCGUGGACACCGACAGAAGUGGGUCUAUAGAUUUUGACGAGUUUCUGGACAUCUUUGCACGGAAGGUGACAAUGGACCCCGAGAAAGAACUCCGUGAAGUGUUCCGAGUGUUUGACAAGGAUAAAGAUGGAUUUAUCUCCCCUACCGACCUGUUCGAGAUACUCUCUAAAUUAGGAGAAAAAAUAAGUAGGAGAGAAGCGGAGGAGAUGGUGAGGGAGGCUGACCUGAACAAGGACGGAAAGGUAGACUACUCUGAGUUCAAAGCUAUACUAACGUCUCGAUGAACUGGACGUGGAGAGAUACGUGCACCUCGCCGACACAGACGGUCCUUACAAAGAUGACCGUGUAAUGCGUAGUCAACAGGGUGCGUUUACAGAGGGGCUGUUUGUCAACAGGGUGCGUUUACAGAGGGGCUACUUGUCAACAGGGUGCGUUUACAGCGGGGCUGCUUGUCAACAAUGUGCGUUUACAGAGGGGCUACUUGUCAACAAUGUGCAUUUAUAGAUGGGCUGCUACAACAAUGUGCAAUUACGGACGUGUUUCUUGUCUACAAUGUGCAUUUAUAGAUGGGCUGCUACAACAAUGUGCAUUACAGACGUGUUUCUUGUCAACAAUGUGCAAUUACGGACACGUGUUUCUUGUCAACAAUGUGCAAUUACAGACGCGUUUAUGGAUGGGUUUUUU